CACUAUUCUACAAUGCAUGGAUGUUCAGAGCUAAAAGUAUGUUGAAGUCAUAAUCAUGCUUUAUUAAAACGAUUUGGCAAUCGAUUUAUGGCUCUACAUCCAGCAAGUGCAAGCGGACCAUUACACUUACACAAAUCAUUUGUGGAAAUCAUUAUGCUGAAAUUAUGAUAUGACCGGAGACUAGAUGUGUGUCUGCAUGUAAAUGUCCCGUUAGCCAGUUCUGAAAGUUUGCUCUCCAAGGGGGAGGGCCGUGACGUAUCCUUUAAAAAGGCUGAGCUCUCUAGGCUGGUCGAAUUGAAAGAUAUACUACAUCCAUUUGAACAGUCACGCAGCUUUCCUUACCCUUUCCGUCCUGAGAAGUAGAGCUCAUUGACCUGGUUGGGAUGUAAAGCCUUCUGCGGUUAUUUUUACGCAAGGUUUACAACUUGUGCGUGCGCAACAAGCUUCGGAUACCAACUAAUGCGUGGUUCUUUUUUCUGUCAAAAAUGGGGCAAACUAGGGACGUGGCCCCAUUCGCCUGAGAGACUUCUGCAACAUCAUUCAACAGCUUUUUCGAAAGUGAGGAUAAGUUGCCAGAUGUGGGAAUAACCAUCGAACAUCGUUGGGAAAAAGUUGUGUUUAACUUCCGCGUGUUUGAUUUGAAAUUGUUCCUUGGAACUGUUACUUCAACUGUUUACAAACUAUGCAGCAUCAUUUGGAACUAGGAGGACAUUAUUAUCCUCCGGAAGCACAUCCCGACCACAGAUCCCACCGCUACAGGAGUUUCAUGAUCGAAGAAAUUUUGACGGACCACCCUGACCACAAAGUGGCCGCGCCGGCUGGAGAGCUCCUCAAAUUUGGAGUACAAGCUCUUCUUUCUGCACGGCCAUACCACAAUCAUUUAGUCUUGAAGGCAGACCAGGCCGGUAUCCUGAAGUUCCCAAUGUCACCCCUAUCGUGUUCGCUAGGAGCGCCGCUGGGAUCCGCACUGCUUUCCGGCGCUGGCCUGCAGGUUGGUUCGGCCUCACAUCAUUUGCCUCUGGAUCUCCAUCUGCGCAGUAAACUUGAUCCCGGCGGGGAUGGCGUGAGCAAGACAAAGAAAGGAAGGCGAAGUCGAACAGUUUUUACUGAACUCCAGCUCAUGGGCUUGGAAAAAAGAUUUGAGAAGCAAAAAUAUCUCUCCACACCAGACAGAAUAGACCUGGCUGAAUCACUAGGCCUAAGUCAACUUCAAGUUAAAACGUGGUAUCAAAACAGAAGAAUGAAAUGGAAGAAAAUAGUUUUACAAGGAGGAGGACUGGAGUCUCCGACCAAACCGAAAGGCCGGCCGAAGAAGAACUCCAUCCCAACAAGUGAACAACUCUCGGAGCAGGAAAAGUCUCGGGAAACGGACCGACUAUCUGACAGUUCCUCCUCGACACGCUCGGAUUCUAAUCAAGAAGAGUAAAUGACUCUAAUAUUGUGUAGAAGAGAACUUUCUGUCAACUGCCAAUCGACGCACUACCGCCCCCAAAGAGGCCUGUCACCUCUGGAUGCUCUCCCGCAGUUGGCCGUUGGCACCUCGGACAUGCGAGGUACAUUCUUGGAGACUUGGAGGUCUGCUUAUGUUAUAAUUUUGCCUCUACGAUUCCUUUUCCCACCGAGUGUUCUUCCUCCAGCGUCAUGGUGAACAGACACUCCCGCAUGCCUUGUCUGAAAGGAGGGAGCAAAACUGGUCAGUACAGAUGAACUUUUUGUAUUGGAGAACACUCAUCCACACUCAUUGUGCAUAUAACUAAGCUGAAAUGUUAUCUUAACAGUAUGAUUUGAUGCAAUUAAAUAUGUUUUUUCACAAAACAA